GGAGAUAUUAUUAUAACAUUAAGAUUACGAAGUUACAUAAGAAUAAAAGAAGCGAAUAGCAUAGACAGAGUGAUAGUGAGAAAGAAAGAGAAAAAUUUUAAAGAGAAAUUUUGCAUUUUAUUAAAAAGAAGAGUAGGAGAAGGACAGACUAUAAAGCAACAAAGGAAUUUAAAGCUUUCAAGGAUUUCUUUUACAUAACUUAGUAAAAGAGACGAAACACAAUUUCCGCGAUAAUCUCGUCGAAGAACAUCUGUCGUUCGCAGAGCUGUUAUCGGCUUACGUCCUACGAUCUGACUGUCAGGAACAGAUAUCGGCAUGAUGUGGAUACUCAGUAUAAAAGAAACAGCAUCUUCGGAUUCACGUUGUAAUCGCGUGGUACCUACCAUCGAACAGCAUUCGCUGCCACUUCAACGUCUAUUGCAGUUCGGCACUUGCGAUUACUCCAAAAACAUCUAAAUCAAUGGCUAAUUACGUGAGAUUUGCUAUCAUUGUCGCUAUUACAAUCGGAAUCGUUUGUGGAGAAGAGUCCAAUGAGCUCGAGGAUGUCGACAGGAAUAUUUUCGGAUUGAAUCUUCCCUACGGCAGAGGAUUGGAUAGUGAAUUGCAGCUGGCCAGAUUGAUGCUAGUGGCUCCGCGAUUGUGUCAUUCCAAACGUAAUUCUGAACUUAUAAACUCGCUAUUGGGUCUACCGAAAAAUAUUCAUAAUGCUGGGAAACGCAAAUAACUUGGUUGUAUAAGAUAAUUCAAAGUUAUAUCAUAUGUAUACGAAGAUACAGAAAUAUACACCUCGUAGAUUAUCCAUCAGAGAAUAUAUAAUUAUGAGAAAGA